UACCCAGAGCACUAGAGAUGCCGCGUGUGCCCUCCUUGCACUGCUGAUGGCCGUGGCUGUGGUCUCUGAUGCGGAGCGGCCGCAUUUGGGGAAGUUUCUGCGAGCAUCGAACGCCUUUAAGCCCGGUGACCUUGUUCUGUGCGAAGAACCCGUGCUGCGGCUCCGGCGCUGGAAUCCGGAGGCUUUGUCAGCAGCAUCUCGUCUUCGUGAGGCUCAGCUCUUCGUCCCUGAGGGCGAUAGUGCAGCUGUGAGACGCUUGCGGCAGGCGACUGCUUCCGAGGCAGAUCCUGAGACCUCCCUUUUUGUCCGCAGCGUGGUGCAUUUCAACUCCUUUGGAGCUGGACCCUCUGGGCGUGACCAGGUGGUUUUUCCAACUCUGGCGAGGGCAAACCACUCAUGUUUGCCGAACUGCCUGGUCGAUGGUGAUGCUGGUACUCUGCGGGCAGUGCGGCCCAUCAGCGUUGGCGAGGAAGUCACCGUGUCCUAUUUGGACGAUGCUGGUUUGCUGAUGGACAUCUCCUCCCGGCAAAAGGAGUUGCAGGAGCGCUAUGAGUUUAGGUGCCAAUGCCAGCGCUGCACUUCGGUGGAUGACACUCGCCGAUUUAGCUGCCCCUGUGGAGGUGAUAGGCUGCCGCUGGAUAAGUCGCGUCUCCGUUGUCUGGCCUGCAAGGAGACGAUGGAGGCGGCUGAGCUGUUUGAAGCUGAAGAGCAUCUUGCACAGCAGUGGCUGAUAGCUGGCAGUUUGCUGAGAUAUUUUCCAUUACCCCAUGGUCACUCACUCGGUAUUUAA